CGGGAGGCUGUAACCUGGUGCCGGUUUGGGAGGCUGUAACCUGGUGCCGGUUCGGGAGGCUGUAACCUGGUGCCGGUUCGGGAGGCUGUAACCUGGCAUGUUCUCAGACAUCAUGGACUACGAGCUAGAAGAAGAUAAGCUAGGGAUUCCCACAGUUCCUGGAACAGUGACCCUGAAGAAGGAUGCGCAGAACCUGAUUGGGAUCAGUAUAGGGGGCGGGGCUCAGUACUGCCCCUGUCUCUACAUCGUACAGGUGUUUGAUAACACCCCAGCAGCACUGGACGGGACAUUAGCAGCAGGUGAUGAGAUCACAGGUGUAAACGGUAAACCAGUGAAGGGCAAGACCAAGGUGGAGGUGGCCAAGAUGAUCCAGGCUGUACAGGGUGAAGCAGUGAUACACUAUAAUAAACUGCAGGCCGACCCCAAACAGGGCAAAUCCCUGGAUAUCGUGUUGAAGAAGGUGAAGCACCGGUUGGUGGAGAACAUGAGCUCAGGAACAGCAGACGCACUGGGACUGAGCAGAGCCAUCCUCUGUAACGAUGGACUUGUAAAGAAACUGGAGGAACUGGAGAAGACUGCAGAGCUGUACAAAGGGUUGAUGGAACACAGUAAGCGGCUCCUCAGAGCGUUCUUCGAGCUCUCGCAGACACACAGAGCGUUUGGUGAUGUAUUCUCGGUGAUCGGUGUUCGGGAGCCGCAGGCUGCAGCCAGUGAGGCGUUUGUAAAAUUUGCAGAAGCUCAUCGUAACAUUGAGAAAUAUGGCAUCCAGCUGCUCAAAACCAUCAAACCUAUGCUGCAUGAUUUGAACACAUACCUUCACAAAGCGAUUCCAGACACCAAACUCACCAUCCGCAAAUACCUGGAUGUCAAGUUCGAGUACCUGUCAUACUGUCUGAAGGUGAAAGAGAUGGACGAUGAGGAGUACAGCUGCAUCGCGCUGGGAGAGCCGCUGUACCGCGUCAGCACGGGGAAUUAUGAGUAUCGUCUGAUUCUGCGCUGUCGACAGGAAGCUCGCGCUCGAUUCGCUAAAAUGCGUAAAGACGUUCUGGAGAAGAUCGAGCUGCUCGACCAGAAACACGUUCAGGACAUUGUGUUCCAGCUGCAGAGGUUCGUCUCGGGGAUGUCGCGUUACUAUGACGAGUGUUACGCCGUGCUGAAGGAGGCCGACGUCUUCCCCAUCGAGGUGGACCUCUCACGCACCACCCUGAACUACACCGCCCCUAACUACGAGGACGAGGAUGAGGAGGGCGAGGAAGAGCGAGAGGAGGAGAAGAGUGAACAGACCGAGAACGGAGCGGAGAAGCUGAUCGAUGAUGAAUGAGUGAAGGAGUGAAGGAGAACAGUGAGAGAGAGAGAGAGAGAGAGAGAGAGAGAUGCGGAGUGAGUGUGAAGAGUGUGAGUGUGUAUUGUUUGUUAUAUUUUCACACAUUCCUGCUGUGUGUGUUUAACUGUAGUCACGGUCGAGGUAAUGAGCAGCACUAAACAUUACUCCCUAAAUCCCCGUCUAAGCCCUUCAUCAUGCAGCUCACUCGCUCUCUCCGUCCUGCUGUAGUACGCCGCCUUCUCUCACAGCUAAUGUGCUCCACUGACACGCAGUUAGGGAUGCAUCAGUACCGUGUUUUUCAGUGUGCUAGUACUGAUACUGAUGCUCAGGUUAGUAACCUACCUAGUAUUAAUCGGUCAGGGACACCACUGAACGUUUUACACAGCUCUGUUUGUGGUGGUUGCUAACAGUGAGCGCCUCGGGCUGAGCUUCAUGUUCCAGAGGUGAAGAUGUUUAAACAGUGUGUUUAAUGGAGAGCAUGAGGCGUGUGCAGAGCAGCAUCAGUGCUCUGAAUAGCAGCUUAACAGCAAAGUGUAGACACUGAUGAGCGCGGGGAAAGGGAAGUGCGUGAGUGUCUCAGUGCUCGCAGGGCGGAACUGCUCUCAGGUGCGACAGCUUCUCCACACACUCGCGUCACUGCUCCAUGGCACCUUGCGUUGGUUUUAUGACCACGCUGGUCUGUGUGCUCAGGUCGGACUGCCUCACACUCCUCCUCCAGUACGGCAAUCGGUGCAUCCCUACACUGUGUGAUUUGGGACAGAGCGUUACUCACACUGCAGAAUUUUAACUUUGCCCUUCGCAUUAAAAAGACGUAAAACGGUUUUGUUCAUUUCAUAAACUGGGAUUUAUCAUGACUUUAUCGUGACUUUUAUGUAUUUAAGCAGGUUUGACACCAACAGCUAAAUGGUGUUAUAAAUGCGUAUCUGUGUUCACCAGCUCUGUCCUGCUGAUGGCAAUGGGAGCUUUGUCCCAGGUUUCAGCCUACUGUAGUCUACAGUAUGUUAAAUAUACACCGAUCAGCCAUAACAUUAAAACCUCUGACAGAUGCAGUGAACAGUCAGUUCUUGAAGUUGAUGUGUUGGAGGAAAAAUGGGCAAGUGUGAGGAUCUGAGCGACUUUGACAAGGGCCAAGUUGUGAUGGCUAGAUGACUGGGUCAGAGCAUCUCCAGCAGGUGUUGUGGUGUUCCCGGUAUGCAGUGGUUAGUACCUACCAAAAGUGGUCCAAGGAAGGACAACCGGUGAACCAGCGACAGGGUCAUGGGCUCCCAAGGCUCACUGAUGCGCAUGGAGAGUGAAGACUCGUCUGCUCUGAUCCCACAGAAGAGUAUGUGAGCUUCAGAACUGGACCAUGGAGCAAUGGAAGAAGGUGGCCUGGUCUGAUGAAUCACGUUUUCUUUUAGAUCAUGUGGAAGGCUGACUGCGUGUGUGUCGCUUACCUGGGGAAGAGAUGGCACCAGGAUGCACUAUGGGAAGAAGGCGAGCUGGUGGAGGCAGUGUGAUGGUCUGGGCAAUGUUCUGCUGGGAAACCUCGGGUCCUGGCCUUCAUGUGGAUGUUACUCUGACACAUACCACCUACCUAAACAUUGCUGCAGACCAGGUUACACCCCUUCAUGGUAACGGUGUUCCCUAAUGGCAGCGAACUCUUUCAGCAGGAUAAUGCUCCCUGACACACUGUAAACAUUGUUCAGGAGGUUUGAGGAACAUGACAAAGAGUUCAAGGUGUUGACUUCACCUCCAAAUUCCCCAGAUCUCAAUCCGAUCGAGCGACUGUGGGACGUGCUGGACAAACAAGUCCGAUCCGUGGAAGCUCCACCUCACAACUUACAGGACUUAAAGGAUCUGCUGCUAACGUCUUUGUGCCAGAUACCACACACACCUUCAGAGGUCUUGUGGAGUCCAUGCCUCAGAGUCAGAGCUGUUUUACUGGCACAAGGAGGAUCUCCACGACAUUAGGCAGGUGGUUGUAAUGUUAUGGCUGAUCGGUGUAUAAAGUCACACUGGGAUGAAGGAUGAUGAAGUGUCGAUUCUGUGCUGUUUGGGAUGCAGCCCUGGGCUUUAUGUCCAUUUACAGAUUUAGGACGCUGGAUUAUCUAUUUCAAAACUUUUAUCAAAACUCAAAAUGAAUAUUAGCAGUUUAAUUCAUCUUUAAUUCAAUUCCGUGUGGAAUUAAUCAGUCUUUGUCGUUAUUAUGGGUUUAUUUAGUUUCAUGUGCUGAUUCCUGUGACCUGAAUAGUGUCCCUCGUUUAUGAAAUCUUUAUUUCUUAUAUCUUUCUGUGUAUCUGAAUGUUACAGGUGUGAAGAUGUUACUGAAAUGGAAAACCUGUACUACUGAUUAAUGAAAAGCUACUGAUGUAUAAUAAACUAAAAAUAUUUAUGGCGAA